UGAAAAUACAUUUUUUUCUGCUGUGGUAACAUUUGGUGACGGACACAAACUUCAGACUGGAUGUUGGUUUUUAUUCCAAGACGCCUCUGACUCUGUCUGACACUCUACAGCUGAGACGAUCCAGAGGACGACAGUAGAAGCCAAUCAGGAUGGAGGGCGAGGAGGAUGGAGCGGGGCGGGUCAGAGAGCUGCAGGAGCAGAGGAUGGCGGUCCAGAAGAAAACCUUCACCAAGUGGAUGAACAGCGUCUUCACUAAGAACGGGGACAACGUGGAGCUGACUGACGUUUACACUGAGCUGAAGACCGGAGUCGUCCUCAUUCGUCUGCUGGAGCUCAUCUCCAGGGAGACGCUGCCUCCGCCCAGCCGCCGCAAACUGAGAGUCCACUGUCUGGAGAACAACAGCAUCGCCAUCAGCUUCCUAAAAACCAAGAUUCGGGUGGAUCUGAUUGGUCCAGAGAAUGUGGUGGACGGGGACCGUACGCUGAUCCUGGGUCUGCUGUGGAUCAUCAUCCUCAGGUUCCAGAUCGGACCCAUCAACCUCGACGAGGUGGGAGGUGGAGGCAGUGUGGCUCAUCGCUCGGCGAAGGAAGCUCUGCUGAUCUGGUGUCAGAGGAAAACGGCGGGUUACGAGGGUGUCGAAGUGCAGGACUUCUCGUCCAGCUGGAGGAGUGGACUCGCCUUCAACGCCCUCAUCCAUGCACACCGGCCUGACCUGUUUGACUACCGCCGUCUCCAUGGCGACGACCCCGGCCGUAACCUGGAGCACGCCUUCUCUCUGGCGGAGCGGGAGUUCGGGAUCAUGCAGCUGCUGGAGGUGGACGACAUGGUGGUCCCCCAUCCAGACGAGAAGUCCAUCAUGACCUACGUGUCGCUGUACUACCACUACUUCUCCAAGAUGAAGCAGGGACAGACGAUCCAGAAGAGACUCGCCAAGAUCGUCGGGAUGCUGAUGGAGCUGGAUGACAUGAAGGUCCAGUAUGAGAGACUGGUCUCAAAUCUACUUCACUGGAUCCAAACCAAGGUGGUGCAGCUGAACGACAGACAGUUCCCCAACUCUGUGAGGGAGAUGCAGAAGCUGAUGAUGGCAUUCAAGACCUACAGAACUGUGGAGAAACCUCCCAAGUAUCAGGAGCGUGGUGCAAUUGAAGCUCAUCUGUUCAGUCUGAAGACUCAGCUGGCAGCCAACAACCAAUGGGCUUACAAUCCUCCAGAAGGUAAAACCCUGAGUGACAUAGAGAGGAGUUGGACUGUCUUGGAAAGAGCCGAACACGAGCGAGAGCGAGCCCUGCAGGAGGCGCUGCUCCGCCUGGAGAACCUGGAGCAGCUCGCUCAGAAGUUUGAGAGGAAGGCAGCGCUGAGGGAAGGAUAUCUGGAGGACACGCUGCGUCUGAUCAGGAGGCAGGACAUCAGAGGUCUCUCCACCCUGGAGGAGGCUCAGGCCGCUGGCCGGCGUCUGGAGGCCCUGGCCACUGACGCUCUGGCCAGAGAGCCACGCUUCGCCGCCCUGAGAGACAUGGCCAAGACCAUCGAGAGAGGAAACUACCACAGCAAGGAGCAGAUAAUCAGGAGAGAGGAGAACAUUAGCCAUCGAUGGAAGGACCUACUGCAGCAACUGCAGGAACAGAGAGGGCUGCUGGGAAAUGUAGUUGAGAAUCUCAGUGUCCUCCAAGACAUUGAGCUCGUCUCCCAGGAACUGAAGGAACUGCAGUCUCAGGCCAGUUCUUCUGACCUGGGGAAGCAGCUGGCGGAGGUGGAGUCUCUCCUUCAGAAGCAGGAUCUUCUGGAAGCUCAGAUCUCGGCUCACGGUGAAACCAUCACCACCAUCAGCAGCAGGGCGCUGAAGGUGAAAGUGAGAGAUGGUCAGCAGAUUCAGAGCAGAGUGAGAGCUCUCGACACUCAGUAUAAAUCUCUGGUGUCCCUCAGCAGCAGCAGGAGGAAGCAGUUGGAGGCUCAGUUGAGGCUGUUUGAGUUCUUCUAUGACUGUGAGGAGGUGGAGGCCUGGCUGUAUGAGCGCUGGUUGAGGCUCCAGACGGCCGGACUUGGACGAGACCUGAACCACAUCCAGCUAGCUCAACACAAACACAAGGUGUUGGAGGCGGAGCUUCAAGCCCAGGAGUCUCUGUACCAGGGGGUUCUGGGUCGAGGUCAGGACCUGCUGUCCAAACAGAAUCAGCUCAACCAGAGAGCCGUCCAGAAGUGGAUCAGGACCCUGAAGAAGCAGUGGAGCCACCUGACGGAAGAGACGAUGGCACGUCGCAACAGACUGCAGGCCGCUGCCACCAUCAAACAGUACUUUGCAGAUGUGGCGGAGGCCGACUCCUGGUUGAGUGACAGGAAACCGCUGCUGACAAGUGACGAUCAUGGGAAGGAUGAGUCAAGCACGGCGGCGUUGCUGCAGCGCCACCUGCGGUUGGAGAAGGAGAUGGCAGCCUACGCUUCUGAGAUAAAGAGACUGUCGGAACAGGCGAGGAGCGCCGCGCAGCUAACAGCUCUGACUACGGAGCCUCAACAGAGUAAGAUGAUCCAAUACAGCGACUCAUCCGGAGAAGAGGAGGCACCAGGAGCAGUGACAUCACCACCACCUAGCGCCAAGGGUGGGUUAGCCUCCCCCUCUAAGAGUGAGGACAGCAAGGCCAAGGUCCGCUUCAGAUACAGCAGAGGUCAGUUUCCGUGGGAUCGUAAUGAGAUUGUAACCAUCAUCAGCACUGAGCCGGACGGAGACCGAGUUGUGGCCAGAGACAGCCGAGGAAACCAGCAGCUGAUCCCCAAGACCUACCUGAGCCUGCUGCCAGCCACUGCUCCUCCCCCGGCCCCCGUCUUCACCAACGGUGUGCCAGAGAGCCCGAGCAAGAAGUUGAGUCGUCCGAGGCGCAGCCGCUCGAUGCGUCGCGGCACGGCUGAGAUCCAGACAACAUGGCUGCCUGACCCACAGUACCAGAGAGACACUGUGGAGAGCACGCAGGCCGGCCUGGACCAGGACUACAACUCCCUGUACAACCUGGUCAAGUCGAAGACAAAGAGUCUGCAGGAGACGCUGCGUCUGCAUCGAUUCUACAACAGCUGCCAAGAGUUCGAGUCGUGGAUGGAGGACAAAGAAAACAUCCUGAACACCUUCAGCACCGACGCUGACAACCUGGGAGUGGUUCAGGCUAAAUAUGAGAACUUUUUGACUGAGUUGGCGAGUGGGCGUGGUCAGCUGGAUGACAUCAUCAGAAUGGCGGAGGAGCUGGUGAAGAGCCGACACAGUAAACAGAGAGAGAUCCAGGCCAGACAGAGGAAGGUUUCCAACAGGUGGGAUCGGAUCCAGCAGCUGAAGGACGAGAAAGGACACGAGCUGCUGAGCACAGCAGACGUGCAGUCCUUCCUGCAGAGCUGCCAGGAAGCCAAAGCUCAGCUGCAGGGUCAGCUGUCUGGCUUCGACACCGUGGACGUGGGCUGCAGCUCCUUCACCCUGCAGGCUGAGGAGAAGAACCAGGCUCACACCCUCAGAGACAUUCAGACCCUGGAGGCCAAGAUCGCCUACCUGAAGAGCGUCGCCAAGAUGAAGCAGGACUGCAGUCCAGCAGAGAGUGCAGCCAUCGUGGAGGAGGUUCAGGGUCUGGAGGCUCUGCUGGCUCAGCUGAAGCGUCAGGCUGCAGACAGACAGCAGCUCCUGGAGGAGGCGCGCAGGCUGCAGAACUUCCAGCAGCAGGCCAAGGAGCUGCAGCGCUGGGUUGGUUCGGUCCAGGAUCGCCUCCUGCAGGAGGAGACGGCCGCUGAUGUGGCCUCAGCCGUCGCCCUGCUGGAGCAACACCAGGAGCUCAAGCUGGAGAUGGAGGAGCAGAGGAGCAGGUCGAAUGAGAUGGAGAAGUUGGGGCAGUCUCUUCAGCAGGGCUCGUCCAAUGGCAAGACAGGGGGUGUUGACAUCCAGCAAAUGUUAGACAAGGUCAAAGCUGAUUGGUCCAAGCUUGACAAGCUGUGGACCAGUAGGAAGGAGAUUUUGGAGCAGGGGGUGGAGCUCCAGAGGCUGAACCAAGAGGGAGACCGGAUCGAGGCUGCGCUGUCUGGACACGAAGCUCGACUGCGGGUCAAAGACGUCGGGGACUCAGUGGACAGUGUCCACAGUCUGCUGGGCCGACAGGAGGAGCUGGAAGGUCUCCUGAAGGCUUUGGACCAUCAAGUUGAUCAUUUCUCUGAACGCAGCCAGCAGCUCAUCGACCAGCAACACUAUGCUGCCAAACACAUCAAGGAGCGGAGCAGGAGCAUCCAGAACGCCAACAGGAAGUUGAAAGAGAGCAGUAGACAGAGAAGGAGUCUGCUGCUGGCCUCAAAGAAAUAUCAGGAGUUCCAGAGAGACGCAGACGAGCUGCUGCUCUGGAUGGACGAGAAGUUUAAGGUGGCGGAGGAUGAGUCAUAUCGCGACCCCACCAACAUCCUCCGAAAGCUGAAGAAACACGAAGCAGCUGAGAAGGAGAUGCAGGCUAACCAGGUCUGGCUGGACAGACUGGUUCAGCUGGGGCAGGAGAUGCUCACUGAAGAGCACUACAACAGUCAGAGCAUCAGCAGGAAGUCGACUCAGCUGAGCAGCCGGUGGAGGAGACUUCAGGACAAGAUGGCCGACAGAGGAGACAAACUGAGACAGGCAGGACAGCAGGAGCAGCUGAUGGAGUUGCUGCAGGAUGCCAAGCUGAAGAUCGAGGCCAUCCAGUGGAUGCUGAACAAUGCUGCCAAAGGUCAUGACCUCCGCUCCAGCCGACAGCUUUUGAAGGAGCAUCAGCAGCUGGAGCAGGAGGCCAAGGAGCUGGCGGAGAAGAUCAACUCCAUCGUCAGCAGGGCCAAACACCUCGCCUCCAAUCACUUCGACUCCCAGAGGAUCCUCCAGGAGACCGACACUUACCUCAGUCUGUUCAAGUCUCUCCAGAGGCCUCUGGACCGGCGUCGAGCUCAGCUGGAGGCGUCAGUGCUGCUGUUUGAGUUUUAUCACGACGUGGACCUGGAGCUCAGCUGGAUCUCAGAGCACGUUCCCGCCUCUGGAUCUACAGGAUAUGACAAGUCUCUGGCUGGAGCCAUCAGCCUCAUGCAGAAACACAAGGAGUUGCAGGCGGAAGUGAAUGCUCAUCGAAAAUACAUGAACCACGUCCUGGAGAAGGGGCGGAGCCUGGGCAAAUCCAGCAAAUCAGAUGGAGAGGAUGUGCUCCUGAGGUGCAGGCACCUGAGUGCAGAGUGGGAGGAGCUAGAGGAGGCUUGCAACAGGAGAGCAGCUCACCUGAGCAAGGCCAUCACCAGAGAACAGCUGCUGUUGGACUGCUCAGAGCUGGAGUCCAGGCUAACAGAGACCCUCACCCUGGUGAACACCGACGACUACGGCAAAGACCAGCUAGCUACGCAGAGUCUCAUCACCAAACACCAGGUGUUGGAGGGCCAGCUGGAGGUGCUGGAGGUGGAGGUGGAAGAGUUGGGAGAUCAGGUGGAGCAGGCGGUUCAGAACUGGAGUCUGGAGGUGCUCAGCAGACCCUACAGUCGCCUCAGCAGCCUGAACCAGCAGCUACAGCACCAGGCUGCUCUCAGGGGUCAGAGGUUAAAGGAAGUACUCCAUCUCCACGAGUUCAGACGAGAGUCAUCAGAGCUGGAGGACUGGAUGAACCAGCAGAGACAGACGGCAGAGUCUCAGGACCUGGGCAACGACUACCAACAUGUUCAGUUGCUACGCGGGAAGUUUGAAGGUUUCAUGAAGCAGCUGGAAGUCGGAGAGGAGAGACUGCAGAGCUGCAGCGAGCUGGCUGCUCGACUGAUCCGCAACAAACAUCCACAGAGCUCUGCAGUCAAGGAGACACUGCAGCAGCUCAGUGCAUUCUGGGAAGAUUUAAAGGACGUGGCUCGUGAGCGUCAGGAUCAGCUGCAGAGAGCUGAGGAGUGUCACCACUUUUACCAGGACCUGACUGAUGCACUGACACUCAUCCAGGAGCGACAGAAGAGCAUCCCUGAUGACGUGGCGAAGGAUUUGCGAGGAGUGAUGUCGCAGCUAAAGAAACAUGAUGCUCUGCUCCACGAGCUGGCUGUCACAGAGCAGCAGUUGCAGGAGCAGCUGGACGCCGUUGACUCCAUCCUGGACCUGUGCACACCUCAGUUGAAGCUCCGCCUGCAAGAAGUGCAGCAGGAAGUGGUGGAGCGAUGGGAGGAGCUCCGACUCCGUGCAGAGAAGAGGGAGGAGGAGCUAAAGCUGGCAUGCCAGAGAUACCUGUUCCUGAACACGGCGAAGGAUUACUUCCUGUGGUGCAACCAGCUGAUUGGCGUGAUGGCUGUGGAGGAGAGCAUCAGCGAUGUAGCGACCGCCGACCUCCAGCUGGCCCAGCACCAGCAGCUGUGGGCCGAGAUGGAGGCCAGACAGGAGACCUACCAACAGGCUCUGGACAUGGGAGAGGAGCUGCAGGCGCAGGACAGGACCAACAGGAAGGAGGUGUUGGAGAAGCUGGGGGCUCUGCAAGAGGAGCGAGACAAACUGGAGGAGCAGUGGAAGCAGAAGCAGAGCUGGUUAGAGAGCGUUCACCUGGAGCAGGUCUUCUACAGAGAUGCUCACAGCAUGGACAAAACGUCCAGCUCACAGGAGAUUCUGUUGCAGAACAGCACUCUGGGAAACACAGUGGAUGAGACGGAGGGUUUGAUCAAACGCCACGAAGCUUUUGAGAAGUUGCUUAGUUCGCAGGAGGACAAGCUGUCCUCUCUGAAGGAACUGGCCGAGCGGCUAAAGAAGCAGCUGAGCAGAGAGAAGAGCGGACGGGUCCAAACCAAACUCAAGGCCCUCCUGAAGCGACGUGAUCGGAUCAAGGAGCUGUCCGUCAAGCGCAGAGAGGAGCUGGAGCUCUCCAGGAUGCUGUGCAUCUUCAACCGAGACGUUGCUGAGGCUGAGGAGUGGGUGUCUGAGCGGAUGCAGAAGAUGGCGGAGGACGGUAAAGCCGACCUGAGCAACCUGCAGGCAAAGAUGAAGCUUCUCCAGAAACAUCAGGUGUUUGAGGCUGAGAUCCUGGCUCACAGCGAGAUCAUCAGCUCUGUGCUGCAGGCUGGAGAGGAGCUGGUCUCCCUUCGACACCCGAGGUCUAAGGAGGUGAAGAGGAGUGCAGCCUCCCUGCAGCUCCACUGGGAGGAGCUGAAGAAGGCCCUGGCCACACGAGGGAAAGCUCUGGAAGAUAACAGAGACUUCCUGGAGUUCCUGCAGAAAGUGGAAGAGGUGGAGGCCUGGAUCAGACACAAGGAGGUGAUGAUUAAUGUUGGAGAUGUUGGGAAGGAUUAUGAACACGGAGUUCAGUUGCUGAAGAAACUCAGCGAGUUCAGGGGAACUGGAGAUGGGAAUGUGACGGUGGACGACGCUCACAUCACCGCCAUCAACAGACUGGCAGCCAGACUGGAGAAGAGACAGAGUGCAGAUGAACUGGUUACUGUUAGACAGCGGAGACAGCAGCUCAAUGACAGGUGGAGCAAGUUCCACGGAGAUCUGAACAGUUACAAAAAGAAGCUGGAGGGAGCGCUGGUGAUCCACGCCCUCAUCAGAGAGCUGGAGGAGGUUAGAGACAGAGCCAACGAGAAGAUGCUGCUGUUGCAGGGUCAGGACUGCGGAGUCGAUGUGGACAGCGUGGAGAACCUGAUCAGGCGGCAUGAGGAAACAGAGCGAGAGGCCGGAGUCAUCCAGGAGAGGUCAAAGGCUCUGGAGGAGGAGGUCUCAGACCACCUGAAGGCUCGAUCAGUGAUGAGCGACAAGCUGAAAAAUAAACAGAAGGAGGUCCAGAAAGCUCUGAAGACUCUGGACAAGGAGGUGAAACACAGGAAGGAGAAGCUGCAGGAGGCCCACCAGCUGCAGCUGUUCAAAGCCAACCAGCGCCUCCUGCUGGAGUGGAGCAUCAAACAGAGCAGUGAGAUGGCUGAGAAAGGUCUUCCCAAGACCAGGGCUGAGGCGGACCAGCUCAUCGUGGAGCAUCAGGACUGGAAGACAGAGAUCGAUGCCCGUGUUGAGCGCGUCGACUCUGUGCGGGACUUCGGUCUGGGUCUGAUCCGAUCAGGUCACAGUUCGAAGGCAGAGAUCCAGAAGGCCCUGAACCAGCUGGAGGAAGCCAAAUCUGGACUGGACCGCGCCUGGCUGCACCGCAACACGACCCUGGAGCAGGCCCGAACUCUGCAGGUCUUCCUGGCCUCUGUAGAGCAGUGUGAGAGCUGGUUCACCAACAAGGAGGCGUUUCUCUCCAACGAGGACCUGGGGAGCUCGGUGAUGGAGGUGGAGACUCUGCAGAGGAAGCAGGCUCAGUUUGAGGAGGCUCUGGAGGCUCAAGUGGGGCAGCUGGACCAGGUGGAGAAACUGGGCCAGAAGAUGAUCCAACAGAAACAUUACGACUCCGACAACAUCAGAGCCAGGAGCAAAGCGCUCGCCGCCAGGCGGAGCCAGCUGCAGCAGCAGAGCAGAUCUCGUCACAAAGCUCUGGAUCAGUCACUGAAGCUGCAGCAGUUCUUGUCCAGCAGCUACCAGGUGUGUGUGUGGCUGAACGAGCGUAACGCCGUGGCCCUGGAUGAGAGCUGGAGGGAACCAACCAACCUUCAGGCCAAACUGCUGAAACAUCAGAGCUUUGAGGCCGAGAUCCUCGCUAACCGCUACAGAGUGGACACACUCACCAAGGAAGCGGAGAAAUUGCUGUCUGAGUCUCGAUCGGCUGAAGUGAAGGUUCGACCUCGACUCAGAGAGCUGAUGGACAGCUGGGACGCUCUGAUCCACAACUGUAAGGAGAAGAAAACCAGACUGCAGGAGGCCUACCAGGCGCUGCAGUUCCAGCGUUCAUUGGACGACAUGGAGCAGUGUGUGGGCUCAGUGGAGAGCGAACUGACCAAUGAGGACUGUGGAAGCGACCUGCCGUCUGUCAACAGGCUGCUGAAAGCUCUGCAGGGCCUGGAGGAGGAGGUGGACGGACACAGAGACAGAAUCCAGGCUCUGGUGGAAACAGCAAAGAUCUUCCAAUCUCAGGGAAACUUCCUGGCUGAGGAGAUCCAGACCAGAGUGGCGCACACCAUCAACAGGUACAACAGUCUGUCGGAGCCCCUGCAGAGUAGGAGGGAAACCCUGGAGGCCUGGCAGGUUCUGUUCCAGUUCUACAGAGACGUGGAGGAGGAGGUGGCCUGGCUGAGCGACAGACUGCCCUCCAUCACUGCUAAAGACUGGGGGAGCUCUGUGAGCAGCGGCCAGCAGCUGCUCCACAAACACCAGGCUGUGAUGCAGGAGAUCUCAAGCCGCGCCCCACUGAUCCAGGCAGUGCAGGAGGCGGGGCAGAGUCUGGUCAGAGGUCGUCACUUUGCGUCUCACGACAUCCGUGAGCGCCUGGAGGAGUUAAAGAGUCUCCACGAGGAGUUGCUGAUGGAGGCGGAGAGGAAGGGGAAGCUCCUGCAGGAGGCGCUGAGCAUCCACACCUUCCUCACUGAGGUGUCUGAGCUGGAGCUGUGGUUGGAGGAGCAGCGCGCAGGUUUGGAGUCUCGGGACUGUGGGAGGAGCGAAGAGGCGACGGAGGCUCUGCUGAGGAAGCUGGACUCUGUGGACGUGGAGCUGGAGAACCAGAGGAAGACGGUGGAGAGGCUGCAGGAGAGCGGGGCCUCGCUCCAGCACCUCGGACAUCCCAACAGCCACCUGGUCAGUGAGUCUCUCCCGGUCGUCCUUGAACACUUCGAGACUCUCCUUCGACUCUCCGCUACUCGUCGUGCUGCUCUGGAAGACCAGCUCCGCCUCUACGUGUUUGAGAGAGAAGCCAAAGAACUACAAACAUGGCUGACCUCAAAGAAGACUGUGGUCGAGUCCAAGGACUGUGGACAAGAUCUGGAGGAUGUCGAGGUCCUUCAGAAGAAGUUGGAGGUUCUGGUGUCGGAGAUGUCCACUCUGGGUCGGAGCCGGCUGACCUCAGUGCAGCAGCUGGGCAGAGGGCUACAGCAGGACAGCCAGGCCCGGAGGAGAGACGACGCCCUCAGUGGAAUGUGGGACGACCUCAACAGCAGCAUCAGGACCAGAGAGCAGAACCUGCAGUCAGCCAGAGAGGUUCACCAGUUUAACCACGAUGUGGACGAGCUGAAGGGCUGGAUGGCUGAGAAGGAGGCUGUGCUGGACUCAGAGGACCAGGACCACGACCUGCACUCCAUCCAGGCUCUGCUGAGACAACACGAGGCGCUGGAGAGGGACCUGGUUCUGAUCUCCGAGGAGGUGACCAGGAGCCGAGAGGAGGGCCGGGCUCUGAGCAGACGACAGCCUCAGGUCAGAGCCGCCGUGACUCAGAGGCUGGAGGAGCUGGAGGCCUGCUGGGCCAGCAUCCAGGACAAGGCCUCCCAGCGCAGAGCCAGACUGGGCCAGGCUGAGGACGUGCAGAAAUACUUAUCCCACUGGACUGAGCUCAUGGCCUGGCUGAAGGAGGUGCUGUCGCUGGUUCGAGGGGAGGUGCAGAGUGUGGAGGGCACUGACCUGGAGCAGCUGAUUAAAAAACACGAGGAGUACCGCGUCCACAUCGACAGACAGCUCAGCAAAUCCCAGGCUGUGAAAGAGGAAGGGAGGCGCCUGAUAGAGGGAGGGAACUUCAUGUCCUCAGAGGUGGGGGAGCGUGUCUGUGAGCUGGAGGAGAUGGAGGUGCGGGUGGAGAAGGUGUGGGAGGAGACCAGGCUCCUGUACGAGGAGGAGCUGGAGAUUUCACUUCUGCAGAGGGAGCUGGAGCAGGCGGAGCGCUGGCUCAGCUCCUAUGAAAACACACUGAUGGCCGAGGACUAUGGGGACUCUGUGUCUGAUGUCAUGGAGCUCCUGAAGAGGCAGGAGGACUUGGAGGCCAUGAUCCAGGCCCAGAGCGACCGCUUCAUCGCACUACAGAAGAAGAAAACACAGAGGGAGCAGAGACUUCAUGGACAUGAGGACACAGAGCUUCAGGACAGAAAACCUCCAGCCAGAGUUUCGUCCCUGAAGAGAAAACCUUCCGAUCCAAAGACACCAUGGACCUCCUCCUCCAGAGACAUCGUCCGUCGAGUCAGCAGCAGCAGGAGGAUGGACAGACCCAUCAGAUCAUCUAUGCUAGAUAAGAUUACUAGUCCCCCACCCUCUACUAGUCCCCCACCCUCUACUAGUCCUCCACCCAGCCCGUCCCUCCACCCUGACUCCAGGAGACACUUCAGUGCCAGCAGGAAGAAAUGGGAGGCAGAAGAAGACACCAUCCGUCCUCCUGCUAGUCCCAGGUCCAGCCUGUCUGUGACACCCUGGAGGAGUCGAACCUCUCCCCUCAAGGUAUCACCAGACUCCUCCGCUCUUGAACAUCCUCCCUCACCUCCACCUUCCUCCCCUCGGACCUCUGUCUCUUCUCCACCUCCCGAGGAAGGUGGUCGUCCCAGAUCCAAACCUCCUCUGGCUCCAAAGCCCAGGAUCUUCUCCACAGAGCGGACGUCCAGACACCGCCCUGAGCCCCUGAACCCACCAGCGAAGCCUGCUACACCACCUGACUCACCUCCACCUGUCAGACAGCUUGUUGCUCCCACUGAACCUCCUCCUCCACCGGUUGCAGAAAGAUAUUCUCCCCCUGAAUCACCACCACCUUCAACGAGGCAAGAGCUCCACAGCGAGCCUGAUCUUCCUGAUUCUCCACCUGCUGCUGAGCAGGUGACCCCACCUGACUCCCCGACUGCUGCACCAAUCACAGAGGAGGAUACUGAAUCAGCUGACCUCGCUCCCCCAACACGUGAGCUGCCUCCGUCUCCUCCACAGCGACACAGGAAGUUAGAAGAUCUACCAGAGGAAGACGCCAGCUCCACACCAGAGGUAACAGCAGAGCGGUCAAUCAGGAUGGAGGGGAUGCUGGAGAUCAAACUGAAACAAGGAGGAAACAAGGGUCUGGAGCACUGGGAGGAGGUGUUUGUUGUUCUGGAAGGAGAGACGCUCAGCCUGUUUAAAGACAGAGCGGCUGCUGCACAGAGGACCUCUAGGUGGCCUCCUAUCAACAUGGAUGGAGCAGUUUGCAGGGAGAACGUUUACUACAGGAGGAAGGAGAACACGUUCAAACUGAUACUGCAGGACGGCAGUCAGUACCUGUUUGCAGCGUCCAGCAAAGAUCUGCAGCUGCUGUGGUUGAAGAAACUCCAGAACUGCCCUGAAUCUGCUGCCAGCAGCGACUCUGACGACUCAGGGAGAGCGUCAUCAGUCAACCUGAGUCUGGAGAAGUUAGCCGAGGCUCCGGAUGAUUCGGCCUCCACCAAACUGCUCAACAGUAGGGCUGAGAGCCUGGAGAGACAAUCAUCCACAGACAGCCAACCUCCUCCCAAACCCCCCCACACGUACUAUAACAAACACCGCUACCCAGAUGAAGGGGAGGUCGGGACGGCAGGUCCACAGAGCCGUCAAAGCCAGCCCCCCUCAGUGCCUCCUCCUCCUCCACCCUCCGACACCCAGCACCCCUCCACCGUGACCCCCCAGCUAACAGACGACAACAUGAGCAAGUCAAGGAGGAGCGUCUUCAGGAAGUUUUUCACCAAGAAGUAAAACUGUAAUGACUCAAUCAAUCCAGCCGUUACUGUGCUUCAUUCAGGGAAGCCAAAUGGUGCAGGUGACAAAGACAGUAAUACUGGUGUAAUAAGGUUUACAGGCAGGACACCAGAGGAGGCGACAUUAAAGCCUUAACGAUGCCAAGUGAAACAGUUUUACUGACAAAGUGCUUUGAUUAAAGUGCCUCACAGGAAAUGAAGAAUAUAGUGACUAAAAAUGAGCGAUAAGAAAAUUAGAAUCCCAGAAAUAAACAAAUCUAAAACUCUGAGCACCAAUUAAACAGAUGCACAAUUAAGUCUCAACUACGGCUGUCAGCGUUAAUCGCGAUGUGACAGACAUGACAGGCUACACGUUGGUCCACACCAAUCAUUGCUGGUUGUCUUUCACGACCAGUGUGAUGUCAUCGGGUUAUUCUUUAUUGUUUUAUUAUUAUUAUUAUUAUUUCAGUCACUGUGUCUGUUCAUGUGCCAGCCAAAAUGUUACUGUAGUAAUGUCAAAAGUGCCACCAGAUGGGCGGAGCUACAUAUGAAGUGGACAAAACGUCAUACUCUCUGUGCCGUCACACACACGCUUUCUUUCUCUCAUAGCCACACACUCGCUACGCACAUCUUGGCGCCUAAAUGAGGCACCUAGAUGU